AUCAGCAUACAACACUUCUGGGGCAUUUUGUGUACCAAAGACUCACAGUUGCAUGGUUUUGACGCUGCUUCUGAUCGUAACAGGUAUUGUGUGUGAGAACAUGUGUCCAGCCUUGGCUGUGGAAAAAGCCGCCGGAACUGUUUCCGGUAUUUGCGAACAGAAUUACGGGAUCGCGCCCCCUGUGGUUAUUGAUGGCGACACCUCCGCCACCAUUCCGUACAUCCCUGCGCAUCUGGACUACAUGCUCAUAG